CCCUACCUUCCUGGCCGCGACCACUUGGUGCACAGCCCGCCAUGACUAGUCUCGACGCUUCUGCCAUUGCCUCGUCUUGGAUCACUAGCUUCGGGAAGGCUGUAGAGGCUGGCGAUGUGGAAAGUCUUGUCUCCACUUUCGUGCCAGACGGUUACCUCAGAGAUAUCCUCGUCUUCACCUGGAAUAAUCGCACUCUUCAUGGUCACGAUGAUAUCUCCUCUUUCCUUCGUUCAACCUUUGCGCAUGCGAGCAUAACCAAUGUCCAACUGGACGAACGUCAAUACUUCAGCCCUACAUAUGGCCAGAUUGGACCUGGAGUCUUUGGUGUCUCAACUGGGUUUACCUUUGAGACCUCAAUAGCUACCGGUAAUGGGUAUGCGAGGUUAGUUGAGGACAAGCAGAAGCAGUGGAAAGCGCUAUCAGUCUUCACUAUGAUAGACGAGUUCAAAGGCUAUCCGGAGAUAGGACAAGAGUCGGGUUCAUACGGAGGACAUACUCUUGCCUGGGAUUUGGUCAAAGACGAAAGGUGGCGCAGAAUCGAGAGCGAACCUCAUGUUGUCAUAGUCGGAGCGGGUCAGACUGGUCUCAAUAUCGGUGCUCGGUUGAAGCAAAUGGGAAUAUCGACACUGCUCAUUGACAAAAAUCCUCGUAUCGGAGAUGUGUGGCGCAAUCGCUAUCCGACUUUGGUUCUUCACACACCCAGGCCACACCACUCAAUGAAUUAUCAACCCUUUCCGUCCAAUUGGCCCACUUUUAGCCCUCGCAACAAGAUUGGGUACUGGCUUGAACAAUAUGCCAUAUCUCAAGACCUUGUCGUCUGGACAAACUCCACAUUACAGCCUGUCCCGAGCUACGAUCCUAGUACCGGACGCUGGACAUGCAUCGUCUCUCGAAACGACACACCCGUUCUCCUCAAGCCUGCCCAUAUCAUCAUGGCGUGUGGAACUCUUGGAGCACCGCGCAUCCCUUCCGUUCCCAAGGCCACCGAAUUCGGAGGUAUACAGCUUCACGCCACACAGUAUCAAGGCGGCAUUCCCUAUACGGGAAAGCGUGUCAUUGUCGUCGGUGCUGGCAACACUUCGGCGGACAUAUGUCAAGACCUCGUGUUCCAUGGUGCGAAGAGUGUCAUGAUGGUUCAACGGAGUUCGACAUCCGUGGUAUCACAGGAGAAGACGGCGAAUAUGUUGCUUAGGAACUGGCCUCAGGAUGUCCCGGUCGAAGUCAGCGACUUCAAGUUUUGGAGUCAGCCGUGGGGUAUGUUGAGGAACUUUGCCAUCGAGGCUAACAAGAUUCCUGAGCGCGACGAGGAGAGUGAGAUGCUGGAAAGGCUGGCGGCGAAAGGUUUGAAGCUGAACUCAGGGACAGACGGAAGUGGUCAGUUCUUGCUUGUUUUCGAACGAUUUGGAGGGUAUUGGUUAGAUGUCGGCGUCGCGGACCUGAUACACAAAGGGAAGGUGAUCAUCAAACAGGGUGUCGAAAUUUCGACCUUGACGCCCUCGUCUGUCAUAUUCACCGACAAGUCGGAACACAAAGUUGAUGUUAUCAUCUACGCGACCGGCUACCAUAGCGUCUUAGAAUCGCUGAAGCCCGUCUUUGGCGAGAACGUAAUCGCAAAGACACCUAGUAUUUGGGGCUUCGAUGAAGAACAAGAGAUCAACGGAUGUUAUCGCCCCUCUGGUCAACCUGGUCUCUGGUACGGUGCAGGAGACUUUUGCAACUCGAGAUUUUUCUCGAAACAGCUGGGUCUCGAAAUCAAAGCAAUUCAACUCGGUUAUAUGACUCAGUAAUCUCUAUGCGUUGUCGUCAC